AUGGCGGAUUCAGUGACUAGAGAUGAUGCGGUUGGGAUGGUACAAGAGGCCCUAGGAAUUCCACAUAUGGGUAUUGAGAAUGAUGAACCAAUUGCAAGUGAUCCAGCCCAAGUAGGGGCAAGUGAUCCAAGCCAUGUAGAGGAAGAUGACCCGGUUCGGAUAGGGGCAAAUGAUGAAACUUUGAAAUAUUUUAAACUUUUGGAAGAUGCACAAACUGAUCUGUACCUGGGGUGUCACAAAUUUACUUCACUAUCAUUCAUUGUUCGAAUUUUGCAUAUGAAGGUGCUCAAUCAAUGGACCGACAAGUCCGUUGACAUGUUACUUGAACUUUUGAAUGAGGCUUUUCCGACGGGCACAAAACUUCCAAGUUCAUAUUAUCAAGCUCAGAAGGAUACAAAGCUUGAUAAAUGCGUUAUAUACAGUAGUUCUAGAUGGAAACAAAAUAGUAGUGUUGGAAAUGAUGAAAGGGAAUCUGGUAAACGGGUAGCAGCAAAACAGAUGAGGUAUUUCCCUUUGAAGCCAAGGUUGCAGAGAUUGUUUAUGUCAUCGAAAACGGCAAAGCUCAUGGGAUGGCAUGCGGAAGAACGGGUUGAUGAUGGUGUGUUAAGGCAUCCUGCUGACUCCCUCGCAUGGAAGGACUUUGAUCGGCGAAACACUUGUUUUGCUAGUAAUAGUCGUAAUGUACGUAUUGGGUUAGCUACAGAUGGAUUCAACCCAUUUAGAUCAAUGAACAUAGUUCAUAGCACUUGGCCAAUUGUGUUGAUUCCGUAUAAUUUACCACCAUGGAUGUGCAUGAAGCAACCAAAUCUGAUUUUGUCUGUGCUGAUUGAUGGGCCAAAAGGACCUGGCGAUAAGAUCGAUGUGUAUUUGCAACCAUUGAUUGAGGAGUUGAAGGAAUUAUGGGAUGAAGGUGAACAAACAUUUGAUGCAUCAACCAAUGAAAUGUUUCAAUUGCAUGCAGCUUUGUUAUGGACAAUCAGUGACUUUCCUGCCUAUGCCAACUUAUCAGGAUGGAGUACGAAAGGUGAAUAUGCUUGUCCUUGCUGCAAUGUGAAAACUCAAUCAUAUUGGUUGAAGCAUGGUAGGAAGUAUUCAUACAUGAGUCAUCGUCGUUUCUUACCAGUUAAUCAUAAAUUUCGAAAAGAUAAAGUAUCAUUUGAUGGUAGUCGAGAAUGGAGACUAAAACCUCAAAUUUUAUUUGGAUUUGAGAUGUUGCAUCAGUUGGAAUCAGAAGGUGUCCUUAGUUAG